AUGCAAGGCCAUGACCCUAUUCCGAUCCAAAACCCACCCGACCCUAAACCCUUCAGUCGCCGCCACACCGCUGGCUACUACGUCCAACGUGUUCGUGACAGCCUCACGACUCGAGUCUCCAAACUCAUAUGCGCCACUCUCUUGAUUUUCCUCGUCGUUAUUGCCAUGAUCACCUUCGUCCUCUGGAUCAGCCUCCGCCCGCAUCGCCCUAAAGUUCAUGUUCAUGAGUUUUCGGUGUCGGGUCUGAACCCAGAGUCCAAGUUCAAAAAUGCUCAGAUAAACUUCAACCUGACGACCAGAAACUCGAACCAGAAUAUCGGCAUUUAUUACGAGAACAUGAACGGGUCGGUUUAUUAUAGGGACCACAACAUUGGGUCGACGCCAUUACUUCGUCCGUUCUACCAGGAGCCGAAGAAAACGACGGUGGUUGGCGGCCUUCUGAGGGGAGCGACUCUAAAGAUGAGCAGGGAGCUUUGGGCGGAAGCGUUGGGCGAUGAGAAGGCGAAGCGGAACGUGGCGUUCCGUUUGGAUUUUACGGCCACGAUCAGAUUCAAAAUAUCAAUGUGGGAAAGCAAGCACCAUCGGAUGCACGCCAACUGUGAUGUCACUGUGGGCCCCGACGGCUCCAUCUUGGAUGCUUUCAGAGACAAGAGGUGCCCCGUUUACUUCUCUUUGAAGUGA